UUGGCCCGAUCCAACCCGUGAGUAGCCAUUUUGGUCCCACCUAAAACACUAGCCUCAUUCGGAAUCGGAGAUGGAAGAAAUUGAGCCGACAGCGAGUCAGAAAGAUAAACGCUAUUGAAACUCAGGAAUACAGACGGACAGGACAUCAAGGCACACAAGGAUUGCGUUACAAAAAGGAGCGAUUUUGGGACCGGUGACAACAACCAUCUGCCGCCCCCUCUGUCCGAGUGCUAUUCUAGCCUAGAUUGGAGCCAGUCUCCGAUAAUUACAUACAUUUAAGAGGCCAUGUAUGGCAUUUUUUCAAAUAAAAAUAUAGCUUAUCAACCUUAAUUUUCAAUAUAAAUGACUAUAGGCCGAGUGAGCGUUAUAGGGAAAUAGAUGUCAUCAUCACACUUUUUCUGCGUCCUCGGGACACCUUGAGACACAUUUGGAUUGGAUGGACCGAUGUUGAGACAGUAUCCAGAAUCCAUGGUUUUGGUCCAGAAGCAAGAGUACAAUCACCACCGUUGUAUUGCCAAAGAAGGUGCAGAAUUGAAUCAUCCGGGAAAUAGAGACAACAUUCAUCGAGAAUAAAAUGUCAACAAAAACUCCACUACCUACGGUCAAUGAGAAAGAGGCGGAAAGCCAUACGUCUCACAGCAAUGGGCGCCAGGAGGUCACCACGCGCUCCGUCCGCUCGGGAGUCCGCACCCGAAACUCUGGUGCCGACGAGCAGCCUCAUGUGGGGAACUAUCGGCUCCUGAAGACCAUUGGGAAGGGUAACUUCGCCAAGGUCAAGCUGGCCCGCCAUAUCCUCACUGGCAGAGAGGUGGCAAUAAAGAUCAUCGACAAGACACAACUAAACCCAAACAGCCUUCAAAAGCUCUUCAGAGAAGUAAGAAUAAUGAAGCUUUUAAACCACCCAAAUAUAGUCAAGUUGUUUGAGGUGAUCGAGACAGAGAGGACACUGUACCUGGUGAUGGAGUAUGCCAGUGGAGGAGAGGUCUUUGACUACCUUGUUGCACACGGAAGGAUGAAAGAAAAAGAGGCCAGGGCUAAAUUUAGACAGAUCGUAUCUGCUGUGCAGUACUGCCACCAGAAGCACAUUGUCCAUAGAGACCUGAAGGCAGAGAACCUGCUGCUGGAUGCAGACAUGAACAUUAAGAUAGCAGACUUUGGUUUCAGUAAUGAGUUCACCCUGGGGAACAAGCUGGACACGUUCUGUGGCUCCCCACCCUACGCCGCCCCAGAGCUGUUCCAGGGGAAGAAGUACGACGGGCCCGAGGUGGACGUCUGGAGCCUAGGGGUCAUCCUUUACACACUGGUCAGCGGCUCGCUGCCCUUCGAUGGGCAGAACCUCAAGGAGCUUAGGGAGCGGGUUCUGAGGGGGAAAUAUCGUAUUCCCUUCUACAUGUCCACAGACUGCGAGAACCUUCUCAAGCGCUUCCUGGUGCUCAACCCGGCCAAGCGGGGGACUUUCGAGGUGAGGGACGACAGCGAAAAUCAAAUCAUGAAGGACCGCUGGAUCAACGUGGGAUCGGAGGAGGACGAGCUUACGGCUUUUGUAGAACCAGAACAGGACAUCACGGAUCAGAAGAGAAUAGAUGUAAUGGUGGGGAUGGGCUUCUCUCCAGAGGACAUCCAGGAGUCUCUGGCCAAGAUGAAGUAUGAUGAGAUUACUGCCACCUACCUGCUGCUGGGGAGGAAGUCUUCUGAGCUGGAGCCCAGUGAGUCAACCUCCAGUAGCAACCUGUCCCUGGCUAAGCCCCGGCCCACCAGCGAGCUCAAUGGCCAGUCUCCCUCCCACCUCAAAGUCCAGCGGAGCAUCUCCUCCAACCAGAAACAGAGACGCUAUAGUGACCAGGUGGGUCAGAAUGUUCCCCAAGGGUCCGGAUACCCCAAGAGGAGCCAGACCAGCACGGUCGAAAACAACAUCAAAGAGGAGGGAGGGGUGCAGCUCCGCAAACCCAAUACCCCCGGGGGGCGCAGUGUCCCCCCCUCCAGCCCCCUGCUGGGGAACGCCAACAACCCCAACAAGGCUGAUAUUCCCAAUGGCAAGAAGGGUGCUACCCCCGUCUCCAACAAUAACACUGGCUCUGGCGGGAUGACGAGGAGAAAUACGUACGUGUGCAGCGACAAGAACGCUACGGACCGUCUCUCUGUCAUUCCCAAUGGGAAGGAGAAAAGUAUAACUGAGAUGUCUGCCUGUGUGACGAGUAGUCCGUUCUCUGGCUUUGCCCACGUGUUGGCUGGCUCGUCCACCUCGGUCCAGCUGAGGUACCAGGCCUCUGGCCCUCUCUCUGCCUGCCCCUCAGACUCAGACUGGGCCACGCUGCCCCACUCCCACUGCACUCUGGACUUCUACAGGCCCAAUGUGGCCGUGUCUCCUGGCCAGCGGAACCCUGUGGUGUCCACCCACAGCAUCACCAGCGCCACCACGCCCGACAGACUACGUUUCCCACGAGGCACAGCGAGCCGCAGCACCUUCCACGGCGGCCAGCUGAGGGAGCACCGCACGGCCACCUACAAUGGGCCCCCAGCCUCACCCACACUGUCCGACGACGACGCGCGCCUUACCCAGACUCGCAGCCGCGGCUCCAGCAACCUCUUCUCCAAACUCACCUCCAAACUCACACGCAGAAACAUGUCAUUCAGGUUUACCAAAAGAGUCUCAACCGAGUUUGAGAGAAACGGGAGAUUUGAGGGCUCAAGUCGCAAUGUACCUGGGGAUCAGAAAGGGGAAAAUAAAGACAGUAAACCCCGCUCCCUUAGAUUCACUUGGAGUAUGAGGACCACCAGCUCCAUGGAGCCUUGCGACAUCAUGGAAGAGAUACGCAAGGUGCUCAACGCCAACAACUGCGAUUUUGAACAGCAAGAGUGUUUCCUGCUGCUCUGUGUCCAUGGUGAUGGACAUGCUGAGAACCUUGUCCAAUGGGAGAUGGAGGUGUGCAAGCUGCCCCGCCUCUCCCUCAAUGGCGUGAGAUUCAAGAGGAUAUCAGGCUCAUCCAUCACUUUUAAAAACAUUGCAUCCAAAGUCGCCAACGAGUUAAAGCUAUGAACAAAAAGGGCAGAACUAUGUCUAGAAAGUAUUUAAGCUGUACAAUCAUUAAAGUAGCAGUUUCCUUUUUUUCUCCACAAAAUACAGUAUGUAUUGAAUGAUAAAAUGCCAAAAGCAUUCCUAUACAAUAAUCACUGAAUUACUAAUAGCUACAGUAUAUAAUCUGGUCAUGUUAGACCAUCAUAACAAAUUGAAUAUAGUUGGUCAUGCUGUGAAAAUGGACAAAGCUUUGUCUUUAUUUAUUUCAUUAAAGUUAACUUUGUUUUCAGUGUAAAUAAUGUAUCUUACUUUCAAGACAGCGACACAUUGUUAUACUCCGUUUGUUUUAUAUAUUGUUUGAAUUUAGGUGGAAUUUAUGUAAAUGCUCAUUAGGUAAGAACACCAGUGUCAAUAAAAAUGUCAACUUGACUCCGUA